GAGUUCUUCAAGAAGCCCAAGAGAACCGUUAUUGGGAGGGAUUGGAAGACGCCGUAUCUGCAGAACUUGGGGACACAUCAGCCCAACGGUCCCAGACGAUAACAUGGGGUUACCGUUCUCUAUUCUGGUUGGUUGUUGUGAUGCAGUCCCUACCAUCUUCAACCGUCUUAGUAGGAUCUCGACCGAGACCCAGCAUAGAAGUCUGACCUCCAACAUGUGGAAGAAGAGAUCGCUUAGUUCCUUGUUGAUCGCAACAGGGAAGCUAGCUCUCGUUACUAUAAAUACCAUUCCAUACCACAACUUAUAUAAUAAGACUUUUCCUGUUCACUGACCAGGCAGAUCUGGGCCGAGAAGGUUGCCUUAUAUCUAAGUAG